AACAAUCACUAUGAUAUUGAUCCAGAUUAUACCCAGAGGGCAACAUUUGCCUCGUGACGUGUUAAUGAUGUUUUCUGUUUGCAAACUGUUUUUCUUCUUGAGUUAACAUCAUUAUUACAUCAGUAUAACCAUAUUUGCCCACUGGGCAGGCCUAUGUUUCAAUCAAAUGAUGGGUUGAUCAGUGUCAUAAUAAACCACUGGUGAUGUAGUUGAACUGUAAUGAAGCGUUUUAAAGAUGGCCGCCUGUCCGGUUUUUUUUUUUUUUCCCAGAGCGGAAGAGGCAGAAGCCAAGCCCCUGUUCCAAGUCAUUCAGAGCCUCAUCAACAGACUACCUGAAGGCCAACAGGUCAUGGAAGAGGUUGACCAAGCGAUCGCUCUGUGUUCAGAAAUGCACAACAUAAAAGAAGCGAUGUAUGAAAAUAAGAAGAAGCUUGAAGCGAUCGGAGAUGAUUAUCAAAUUCAGGGAAGCACGACCAAAGACUACUUUCUCCACAGAGCCAUCCAGAGCCUGGAACGUUAUUUCUACCUGAUUGUGUUCAACGCGUACCUUCAUGAACAGGUAUGGCGUUGUCCCAAAUGGUUCCCUAUUCCCUUUAUAGUGCACUACUUUUGACAAGCGAGUAUUAUCUUUCACACAUACAUACAGGCCAAUGUUAUUUAGCAUUGACUCUGCUGGUUUUCUGUCUGUCAUUGUUUGUGCUUUGAGAUGACAAGUGUCCUGUUUUUACCAAAUACAUCUCCAAU